AUGGUGGCGGCGGGUUCCUUUUCCGUGGUUGCCACCAGUUCCAACUCUCUUUUUGGUGGCUUCUCCUUCUCUAAACCUAACUCCGCGGAUGAGAUCCGCUGCAAGACCUUCCCAAUGUUCUUGAAGGGGAAGGCUCGGCUCUGGUUCCAAGGUCUGGCACCAGGGUCUAUCCGGAGUUUCCGUGAACUGGCCAGACAGUUCGUAGCCCAGUUCGUUUCCUCGAAAACUUACUCGAAGAAUGCGACCCACCUAAUAGCUAUCAGGCAGAGGCCUGACGAGUCCCUGAGGAAUUUCAUGACCCGUUUCAACGCGGAGAGUCUACAAGUCAGGGACAAAGACGAAAAGGUGGUCAUGGUUGCCUUCGUGAAUGGGCUCAGGGUAGAGGAACUCUUCUACAAGCUGGCCGAGAAGCCACCUAAAAAUCUGGAGGAGCUCUUGACCAGGGCGCACGCGGCCGCUAAUGUGGAGGAGGCAGGCCGUCUGAAGAAAGAGUCAGAUCAGGAGCUCGGAGAUCGGAAGGGACGGGGAAACCCCCUCGAGAGCAAGGAUGUUCCGGCCAAGAAAAACGUCUUUGACCGGCUCUCGAGGGAGAAAGCCCCUGCUCCUCCACCACUCCCGGAGAAAGGCUACACCCAUUUGACUCGGACUAGGGCCCAGAUCCUAGCUGUCAUGGAGGCGGAAGGCCUGGGAGGUCGGCCGCCCAAGAUGGGGACGCUUCGGAACAAGAGGAACCAGGACCGGUACUGUGCCUUCCACCGCGACGUCGGACACGACACGGAGGGGUGUUGGGCCCUGCGGAAGGAGAUUGAAAAUCUGAUCCAGAAAGGGUUCCUGGGGCGAUUCGUGCGACAAGUUUGCUCCGGACAGGAGCCCGGGCACACCUACCGCGGAGAUCGGGGCGAAGGCCGGUCGCGACUGUCCUGA